GUUAACGUCUCGGCGGUUCUGGGACUGAAAGUUUGAAAACCUGCCGCAGAUGUCACGGAUCUGCUCUAUAACGCUUUUAUGUGACCACACAAAUGAUGACAUUAUAGUUUAAUAUUGAUUUAACGACGGUUUGUGUGUUUUACCCGCGACUUUUGCCCCAAGCCUCUUAGAUGUCGUUGUAAACCCUUAUUUCCUAGUUUAUUAUCAUCUUUAUGUAAUUGUGUGCUCUAGAUACAUUAUGUCGACUAAAUGAUCGUUUCCAUACAGUUUAUUAUCAAAUUAUGUGAAAUAUGACUUGGAAAUGUCCGUGUUUCUGUGCUUGUGUGUGUCUAUGUAGGGACCGCCCCCUUUUCAAUAAUAGAAAGCACAACUGUCUGCAGACAUCCACCGUGUUUAUAAAGAACCCCGGACAUAUUCAUGCAUUCAUAGCCUUCUGUUGUGACGUUUUUCCCUGCAGGUUUUCUUUGCCACACCGCGGACCAACAGACAGACUAUGUUCGGCUUUCACAAGUCUAAAAUCUACCGGAGUAACGACGGCUGUUGCAUCUGCAAGACCAAGUCCUCCAGCUCCCGCUUCACAGACAGCAGCAGAUAUGAGGAGACGUUCAGGCUCUGCUUCGGGCUGUCAGAGGAUCGCGUCGGAGACAUUUGCAACGCUUGUGUGCUCCUGGUGAAGAGGUGGAAGAAGCUGCCCAUCGGUUCAAAGAAGAACUGGAACCAUGUGGUGGAUGCCAGAGCGGGGCCGGGCUUCAAGAUGACAAAACCCAAGAAGAUCAAGAACAGUGACGGGAAGAAGAAGAGCAAGCUGAGGAAGCUGCACAAGUUAAAGAGACAAACAGACUCUGAUGCUCACAGCACGACCUCUAGCGUGUCUCCCGCUCAGUCUCCCGCUUACAGCAACCAGUCAGACGACGGCUCCGACAUCGAGUCCAAACAGAGACGCCCGACUCCCUCCAUCUUUUCCUUCCUAGACCGUUCCUACUGGAAAAGGCAAAAGGUGUGUUGUGGGAUCGUCUACAAGGGUCGGUUUGGAGAGGUGAUCAUUGACCCACGACUCUUCAAGCCCUGCUGCAGUUCCAAAAAACAGAAGACACUGGCUUCCACACAAGUGUCCACUCACCUCCCAGACACACUUCCUCCUCAGCUCCCAGAAGACGUGAAAGAAACUUGGUGAUUGACUGUGUUGAUUCCCUCUGCAGGGUUAAUCCAUGGCAUCACCUGGAUUUGUCUCCAGUGGCAGACCUCCCUUUCCCCCCUUCUCCCCCCCUUAGAUCCAUUAGUUAGAUAUUUCUCUUUUGUAAUGUUCUUUUUUUUAUAUGGGUAUUUUUUAACUUUUGUAUAGAGAACUUUUUCUUUUUUUAUAAAAAGCAAAAAGGACAAAAAAAAAACAAUUUAUGGGCAUUAGUAAUUUAUAGAUUGAUGCGACACAUUUUGUUGAGGUUCUGUUUUUGGUUCUAAAAAAAAAACUUUUGGUUAUUUUUAUAAUGUGUUUGAAUAUUUUUGUCACUUUUUCAACAUAUCAAGACUGUUCUUUUUUUUCCUUUUUUAUAACUUGUUAAAUUGUAAGUGUGCAUGUGAACGACACCAGCUAUUUCUAAUACCAGCUUUUUCAUGUGGCAAUGUUUUGUUCUUUCCGUUUGCUCCCUACGUGCAAACGUGUGCGUCUGUAGGUGUGUGUGUAGUACACGGAGGACUGUAGGCGACAACAGGGAUCAUUAGUGCAACUGUCCUCUGUAUUGAGCUUUUAAUAUGUGCGUGUGUAGGUGAGAACAGAUGAUUUCCGACCGUUUUCGCAGCCUAAACGCGCCAUAGCUUUGUAAUGAGGUUAGACCGUGCAUGCAGUACAUUCCACUGCUUUCUCUGGAAUGACAAAAGCGAUGUAUUUAUUUCCUUUGUACAGCCUACAAUGAAAUGACCAAUGCAUGUUGUAAAGCAAAUGAUUUUUUAAAAAGAAAAAUUGAUUUUGUAAAUACAGUUUAUUGGCUCUCGA